AUGGAAGAACUUGCCUCUUUAAAGUUCAUUAAAGAAGAGAAAACAUUAGGCCGGGAUAAUCUUGUAGUUGAAGGAGUAUUCAUGGAUAGAAUUAUUCUUGCUAAUAAAUCCAUGGGAGAAAUAAGUCUAAUUAGUCUUAGGACACAUGAAAUAGUAAAAAUACAAGGAUACUUUGCAGGUGCAUAUAAUUGUAGUCUGUGGCUGCAGAAUAGUCACAUGGACUUAAUAGAGUACAAGUACUCAGAUGGUAAAAUAAUUAAGAAUCAAAGGGUUGAAAUAAAUGAUCACUGUAGGGUGAUAUCUGACAGGAUAUUUGUCAUGAAGGAGAAUAGACUGCGUGUAUACGAUAUUUCCAUGCAAGAAAUACUUUCAGUUAAGGCAGUAGACUAUUUCCUGUCAAAUACGCAUAUUCUCAUACGAAAGGACCAUGAAGUAGUACUGUACAAGAUGGAAGACCUGACAGAAAUAAGAAGAGUACCCGUAGGAAAUGAAGAGUGCUUCUUGGUGGAUGGGAUUAUAGUGAUAAUUCAUCAGGGCUAUGUAAGAAUAAUUCAGGAGACAGAGAUUCAUAUAAAUAUAUCCAUAGAUAUAGAUGAAGACCAAGAGAUAGACGUAUACCCAGAAGGAAUGACAGAAAAGAGUCACUACAGAAUUGCAUAUGGCAGGAAUAUUGGACCAUUAGAUUAUUUAGUUGUAAUUGGACACAUGCAGUCUGUGGAUGUAGAGUACAUUGCCAUAGACAAAAAAACAGUUAAAAAGUGGCAGUUGGAAGAAGAAUCAGAUGGAAUAUCAGUGCCCUUAAUGCAGCACCUAGUGGGAAUGCACGUAUUAGAGUCAAGUGUAUUACAGGAUUAUAACAUGGAAGACAGAGAGAUAGUCCAAGGACCAAGUAUUGCAUUGGAGACAAACAGUACAGUAUACGUGUACGAUAUAAUGGCAGAAGUAUCUGACCCAAAGGCAUAUGCACACACCAGAAGGGGACCAGAGAGAGAACUAAAACUGCAAGAGAUCGAAAUAUCCUACAAACCAGAAGAGAAGUCACCCAUCCCAUUAGCACUAGCACAGGAGACACAGGAUGAUAGUACAGUGAAAUGUGAGGAGAGUGAAAUAUUUUCAGAAGAAGCAAAGACAAAGACAGUUUCAGAAGAAGCACUGAAGGAAGAAGAGACUAAGCCUACUAAAAUUCUAGUAGAAGAGACUAACUCACUAAGACUGGCAGUAGAAGACACUAAGCCUACUAGAGUUUUAGUAGAAGAGACUAAGCCUGUUGUAGAAGACAAUAAUCCUACUAGAUCUGUUGUAGAAGAGACUAAGCCUACUAGACCUGUUGUACAAGAGACUAAUCCUGUUAAACAAGACAAUCAUCCUGUUGACUCACUGAAGGUACAAGAGACUAACCCACUAAGACCUGUUAAACAAGAGACUAAGCCUGUUGACUCACUGAAGGCACAAGAGACUAAUACUGUCCUAGGAAUGACUAACUUACUAAAGAAAGAAGACACUAAGCCUGUUGUACAAGAGACUAAUCCUAUAUUAAAGCGAGAAGACAACAGUCCUGUUGUAAACAUGACUAACUCAACUGAUCCUGUUAAAAAAGAAGAUAAUAAUCACAUCAAGACAGAAUAUACGCCUAAUACGUCUAAUAUGUCUAGUGUACCUAAGGAAAUAUCCCCCCUUAGCUUGUCAUCACUCUCUUCUAUACUCCCGGGUGAUGAAAGCUUCUUGGAAUAUUCCAUCAGAAAAACAAAAGAUACAGAACCUGAGACUACUGCGCAUAUGCCUGUGGCAGUUGAUAUCCCAGAUAGAAGUAGUCCAAUGGAUGAGAUACAUAAUAUGCUAAUGGGUUUAGAUCUGUCUGUUAGAAAUCCAAUUGCAUCAGUCAAGGAGCACACGCAAGAAAUAAGAGAAGUCGUUGCCAGGUGCAAAAGUAUCUUGAAAACAAUCGAACUCACAGAUACACCAGGAAGAAGCAUGCACGUAAAGGGCCUUCUCUCAGGCAUAGAAGAAGCCCUAAUUCUCCUGAAGGACCAAGAGAUCAGACUAAAAGAAGAGAUCUUGGAGAGACAAAAUUCAACAGAAAAAGCACAAGCACUCACAUUCCUAAUAGAUGGAAGACUAAGCAGAAUUAAGAAACUCCUCUCUCUCCCAUCAAUUGAUUUCUCCAAGGAAAUAGAUUACAUUAACACAAGAAUAUCCAGACUCUUCAAUAUAUCUACAUAUACAACAGGAAAGUCAAAGGAUCAAAUAUCCCCGAAUACAGUCACCACAUACAACAGACCCCUUAGACUGGCAGUAGACCAGAUUCACACAAUAGAAGAAAGUACAGUCCUGCCUGCCUCCAGGGAAAGUACACUAACUCUACUGACAGAAUGCUUUGAUAAAUUACACACAGCCCCAGCAUGCGUGCAAAGUGCAGCAGAAGUACCCCUUCUGGACCGCAUAUUCAGCACACAAGCAGAACAAGCCUUCUUAAAGACACUCCAAGAGAAAGCAAAGAAGUCACAGGAUGGAAAGAAGGCAGAAGAUGCGAAGAAGGCAGAAAUAAAUAAAGCGGGAGGUAGUCAGAGUAACCAGAGUAACCUAGGCAGUCAGAGUAAUCUAGGUAGUCAGUCAGGAGGAUUAUUCAGCAGUCAAAGCAGUCAAGGUAGUCAGUCUACUACUACUACUGGUAAUAGUAGCAAUAGUCUAUUUGGAAGACAAAAUACCCAGCCUAGUAGUAGUAAUAUAUUCGGUAGUCAAAAUACUCAAGGUAGUCAGAGUGGACAAUCUACUAGUAAUAGUCUAUUCGGCAGUCAAUCUACUACUAGUCAGAGUGGACAGACAGGACAGACAGGAGGAUUAUUCGGUAGUCAAAAUAGUCAGCUGUCUACUGCACAAACCAGUCAAUCUGUACAGUCUAAUACUACUACUAGUAAUAGUCUAUUUGGCAACCAAAAUAGUCAGUCUACUACUAGCAAUAGUCAAAAUACUCAGACAGCAGGAUUAUUCAGUGGACAAAACACUCUAGGUAAUAGUCAAAACAGUCAAAACACUCAACCUACUACUAGCCUAUUCGGCAACCAAAACAGUCAACCUACUAGUAGAAAUAGUCUAUUUGGUAACCAAAACACUCUAGGUGGUCAGAGUGGACAACCUACUAAUAGUCUAUUUGGAAACCAAAAUACUCAACCUACUACUAGUCUAUUCUCUAGUCAAAAUGGUCAAAACAGUCAAAAUAGUCUAUUUGGCAACCAAAACAGUCAAAACCCUCUGGGCGGACAACCUUCACUCUCUGGGGGAGCAGGAAUUCCCUUGCAGACACUUAGUGAAAUGGGUGGGUCUUCUAUAUUUGGGGGUUCUGGUGCCCCUACAGGCAGUAUCUUUAAUAAUCCAUCUCUGGGGAAUUCGCAGUCUGGAAAUUCUUCCUUUAGUCUCCUUCAGAGACAGGGCCCAGGAGGCAGUCAGUUUGCCCAGGGAAAUGCAAAUCUGGGUCUAGGGUCUUCGAGUAAAACUACUUCCUCCUUGUUCCGUAACCCAAAUAAUCAGUAG